AUGGGGUCCCUCGGGGGGUCUCCUCUUCUUGCUCCUCCGCCCCGGCGGGAGGGGGAACCCGGGUCUCGCAGGUCUGCGGGGGAGAGAUCACCAGUGUCCUUUGAGGAGGUAGGCGUGUUCUUCACUGUGGAAGAAUGGGCUCUGCUGCACCCGGGCCAAAGAAAACUCUACUGGGAAGUUAUGGAUGAAAAUUAUGAGACCGUGGGCUCUGUGGGGAACUACAUUUCCCAGAAGGCCUUGCGAGCACCAGAGUGGUCAACCCUGUGGGAGAAGGCAUAUAAAUGCCAGGAGUGUGGAAGGUACUUCUCUCGGAAUGACAGCCUAACUCAACAUCAAAGGGUUCACACGGGGGAGAAGCCAUACAAAUGCCUGGAGUGUGGAAAGUGCUUCUCUUGUAAUAGCGCCCUAACUAAACAUCAAAGGGUUCACACAGGGGAGAAGCCAUAUAAAUGCCUGGAGUGUGGAAAGUGCUUCUCUUUGAGUGGCCACCUAACUGGACAUCAAAGGGUUCACACGGGGGAAAAGCCAUACAAAUGCCUGGAGUGUGGAAAGUGCUUCUCUUGGAGUGGCCACCUAACUGCACAUAAAAGGGUUCACAUGGGGGAGAAGCCAUAUAAAUGCCUGGAGUGUGGAAAGUGCUUCUCUCGGAAUUGGCACCUAACUUCACAUAAAAGGGUUCACACGGUGGAGAAGCCAUACAAAUGCCUGGAGUGUGGAAAGUGCUUCUUUCAGAGUACUCAGCUAACUCAACAUCAAAGGGUUCACACAGCAGAGAAGCCAUACAAAUGCCUGGCAUGUGGAAAGUGCUUCUCUUGUAAUGGCGCCCUAACUAAACAUCAAGGGGUUCACACAGGGGAGAAGCCAUAUAAAUGCCUGGAGUGUGGAAAGUGCUUCUCUUGUAAUGGCGCCCUAACUGCACAUAAAAGGGUUCACACAGGGGAGAAGCCAUACAAAUGCCUGGAGUGUGGAAAGUGCUUCUCUCAGAAUUGCCAGCUAACUGCACAUAAAAGGGUUCACACGGGGGAGAAGCCAUACAAAUGCCUGGAGUGUGGAAAGUGCUUCUCUCGGAAUGACAAACUAACUAAACAUCAGAAGGUUCACAGCGGCGAAGCCACAUAA